AUGAUUCAGAUUAUGAAUUUUCAUCGUUGGAAGCUAGGAGAGGCAAAGAAAAAAAGAAGGAAUUACCUUAAUGUUUCCUUCUACCCUUCUCUUUUUUACAACUAUGUCAUGUGCCAUGUGUCUAACCGAAAUUGGUAUGAUCGAAUUGACGAGACUGUGCUUCUUGGUGCUUUGCCAUUAAGAGGCAUUGCCAAAGAGUUAGUGACAAAAGAAAAUGUUCGUGCUGUGCUUUCUGCCAACCAACCACAUGAGUUGAGCUAUUUCACACCAACUGAUGAGGAGUGGAAAUCACUUGGAGUGGAUUGUCUUCGUUUGAAAAUCCUUGACUUUCUUGGCACCCCUUCACCUACCCAGCUAGACGAGGCUUUGUCCUUCAUUGAAAACCAUAGAAAACAAGGUCACAAUGUCUAUGUCCACUGUAAAGCAGGACGCACCAGAAGUGCCACCCUAGUUGCCUGUUACUUAAUUAAAACUUACAAAUGGGAUCACACAACUGCCUGGAAUCACCUCACUUCCAAGCGUCCCCAUGCACGCCUUUUCCAACCACAAAAGGAUUUUAUCAGAGAUUUUCAUCUCAAUCAGUUACGUGCAGAGGCAGGUUGA